CGGGGACGCGUGGCUGUCGGCGGCGGAGCAGCGAAGGGCUAUGUCCGCCAAGUGCCGGGAGGGACGCGACGGGGCAGCGCUCCCCGCCCGGCGCCCGCGCGCGGCCCGCGGCCUGAGGAAUUUGUGGGGAGCAGCUGAAGCUGGAGAUCAAUCACACAUGUGGAGCCAAAGCAAGGCCAGCCUCAAGAACACGGAGUACCCAAGGAAAAGGGACACAAUGUAACUCUUACUAGAAAAAAUUGGUAAUAAGGAAGAGCAAGAAUGAAGAAGAGGAAGAAAGCAGGAGGAAAAAGUGGAUUAGAAAGAAAAAGAAGCCGGAGAGGAAGCGGGAGGAGGAGGAGGGGAUGGAGAGCAGUGCGCGCAUCACUCGGUUCUGAGACUCGUGCUGAGCUGCCAUGCACAGAACACGGAAGAGGAGUGACAUUUGACAGACGGCGGGAAGUUGGUGACAAAAAGCAUAUAUGCAAGUGGUGACUCAGGACCCGAAAUGACUAAGCUUGCUUUGAUAAUCUGACUAGAAAAAAAAGCUCAAUUACAGAAGGGGGUGAGGAAAACCAGCUCCUAAUUUGAGAAAAAGAGGAGAUAAAGGUACUCGCUUAUGAUUCAGUUUGAUAGGUUUGAAAUGAGUCCGUGCAGAAAAAUAGCAGCUACACAUCGUAGAACUGCACAAUGUUAAGAGAGCAUCUCCCUGCACUGGGGUAUAUAGAUACACAACCUUCAGACAGUUUUCAGGUGAUGAAAAUAUCACUUGCACGUAGUCUACUCUCCCUUCUCAGAUUUUGGUUUGUCCUGCUGAAAGCACGCGUCAGGGACCAGAGCUGUGAGGAGCUGCCAAGCCCUAUUCUAACACUACAAGUAGGCCUUAAGGCCUUGGGGGAUUUCAACAUGGUACACAGCAGAGACAAAGCACCAGCCAACCAGCUGCCCACUAGCAGAGGCUUUCUCGAGAGACAGCCUCCAUUAACUGGUCCUCUUCAGGGAAGUGUUAGCGCAAAGGCUGUUCUCUAGGUGGUUUCUGCCAGAGGCAGACUCUGCUGCAGUGUUCAUUUGCUGCUGACGUUUCCACACCUGAAAGAAAGCAAAACUCAACUCACAGUCUUCGUCACAGGGUAGAUCUCUGUGUUGGUUAAACCACUAAGUCCUAGCAUCUCACACAAUGUGUGUACUGAUAUUUAGUGAACAAGUUAUCUUUUUCUGAAAGGAAUGGGUUGCUGAGAUUAUAAUGAUUUGACAAGACUAAGACAAAGUUUGGAGAAAGUGUUAAGGACAUGGGGUAAACUUUGUGUGGCCCCUUUAUAAGCUUCCUCUUCAAAUGUUGCUUCAUAAUUAUUUUCUAGAAAUAAAUAUUAAUUCCUCAAUGCCAACCCUCACUCUUAAUGUACUUAUUUUGUUUUAAGAGUUAAUCUCUGCAAUAGGUCUGUUCCCAGACCUGUUCCGUCAAUUUCCAAUUCCAAUUUCCAACUUUACAUGUAUGUAGAUAAAAGAGAUAUAGCUCAUUAAUUAACCAAUUAUUUAUGAGGGCAUUAUGGUGUAGUGUUGUGUACUCUGGCUCUGAGUGUCAAACACACUGUUUUCUUUUACUAUUGGACUCUGUUUAUGUCUAUUAAUGAAAUUAAGGUCCAUUAAGUAUCUAGAAUAGAACUAGCUGUGUAUUUAUGGGCUAACAGUAAUAGAUACACUGUUAGGCAUCUGUCCUAGAAUGUCAAGAGUCAGGAAACAAGACAGAAAUUACUUAGUCAAGGAAACUUGAAAAAUUACCAAUGCCCAGGACUGAAGAAUACAGCUCAGUGGUGGAGCACUUGUCUAGCAUGAGUGUGAUACUCAUUCCAAUCACUGGCACUGCACAAACACAAAGCCGGUACUAAUCCUGCACCAACCAACCAACAACAAACCAAAACCAAAACAAAAGCAGCUAAUGUUCAAAGUAUAGCUUCAGCUGGACCCUCAGAUGGAGUCUACAGCGCUGAGAGGGAUAAGGACAGUGACCCAAGUCACAAACUGUCCCACAGGAAGCUUCAGCUUCUCUCUGACUGGCAUCUGGGUGAAUCAUCCCAUGUGGCUUUCUCAGCCUUUUUCCUGGUGGGUUUGUGCAUCUGCUCCUAGCAGGCUAGAGCAGAGCAACACAAACAUGAUUAACUGCCAUACCUAAUAUUAUUACUGUGAAAACUUCGCAUUUUGCUUUCCCAGCUUAAAAUAGCGGUUUGUUUUAAAAUGCUAUUUGUGAAAAGGCCAACAUUUCUAAGGGCAGAGGCAAAGCGCUUUAUUUGUGUUACUUGUGGAAUUUAGGAAAGAGCCUGGACUAAUCUGGUAACAGCGCGUGGACGGCGACAGCAUUCUGCCAUCUAGCGGACAGCUCGAGGAACACGCUGUGGGAGGAGCACCGGGCCAGUCAGCUGGUUUUCCAGGUGUGUCUCAUUUUAAAGAAAACAGUCAUUAUGCCCUCAUUAUGGCUCUGAAUGAUGCUAAAAAUUGGUGGACACUCACAAAACAUAAAUCCUUAUUCAAUUUAUGUGCUUUUACUUAGUGACCUGUGAUAUAAAUAAAUGUGUUUAUAUUUGCUUUUUAAAAAUGUUGUCAUUCUCCGUUAUGGAAGUAGUAAUGUCCAAUGUUAACUGAUGGUCUUCGUAGCCAAACUCAUACUUAGAAUUCCGGCUCUAUACUAACUGUGGGAACUUAGAAAAUAUCAUCUCUCUGUGCCUCCCUUCCCUGUAAGACAAUGAUAGUACCCACCCUGUAGGCCUACUGUGAUGAUGUGAUUAGUGCAAAACACGUAAAACCUAGUUCCAGGAUGUUGCUUUUCCUGCUGUUUAUAUCUGUAUUUUUACCACCCAAUGAAGAAGUUCAGGAGACGCAUUCCCUGUGACUUAACUCAAGUUUUGAGUAGAACUGGCGUGUGUGUAGGCCUCAGCACCUUGGGGACCACAAAGCUGAAUAAGAGCUGCUGUUUUUGAGUCAAUAAUCUCGAACACCAGCGAGGGAGACUUAACACUACUGAAACUAAAUACAAUGAGUGUGAGGCCAGAGUUUUCAAAAACGAAAAACAAAGGAGGACUGUUGGGAGCCUGGCCGAGUGAUAUGAGGCCUGUGGAGAGGAGUGAAGCCUGAGCUAGAUUGCCCCUCCCAUCGACCGAGUGGUAUGAGGCCUGUGGUGAGGAGUGAAGCCUGAGCUAGAUUACCCCUCCCAUCGAAUAAGCCAAGAUGGCACCCAUUUCCUGCUCCCUAGCUAGUAAACAACACGCCCUGUGAGCUAGUCUGCCCAGCAACAGCUGACGCUGGCCAAUCAGCUCGUCUUGCCUACUUUGAUGUGAUUGGUUACUGUGUCCAUAUAUAUGCUGGCACCACCCCUGGGGCGAACACACACACACUAGGAAGAAGGAUUGCUGAGGGAAGCACACAAGGAGCCGCAGGGAGCGGACCAGAGGAGGCUUCCCUCAGGCGGGGUCCGAGAUCCCGGAGCAGAGCGUACGGAGAGAGAAAAUAAACCAAAGGCUAUCCGCCGACUACUCGUGUCGUGUGUUUUUUCCUGCCGGCCGGGAUCGACACCGACAUUUGGUGGCCCGUACGGGGAACUGAUCACCCCCGAGACGAGGCGGACGACGCUCCAGUAUUGCUCUGCAGGACAGGUGAGUAGGGGAUAGACCUGGGCUCUGGGUGGCGCGCACCUACAGGGCUUUUUAGACUCCCCUCAAGCUCACGUGUAUGUGGCAGGUUAGCCUCACACGGUGAGAACGAACUCCUCAGUGACAGGCAUGGGCAACUUACCCACUAAGAGUUCCAAGUCACUGGUAAGAGCGGUGAAAGACCUGCUCAAGAUUUCAGGCAUAUCAAUGAGCUCCAAGACACUUACGGAAUUUCUCCAACAAGUAGAUGAGGCGGCACCCUGGUUCCUGCCGACGGGGCACUUGUCCCUACCUUGCUGGGAGAAAUUAGGUAAGGAUUUAGAAAGAGCAGAAGAGGAGCGCCGACUCCCGCUUUCGGUUCGGCCGCUCUGGGAGAUGAUUCAUUCCUGCCUCAAAGGGGAGAGGAAUGGGGCUAAGGAUAGCGCCGAUGGGCUCUCUCAGGCCCGCCGAGCUUUUGAAGGGGCCCGCUCGGAGUCCUCCCGAGAGGGGUCCGUCGCAGGGAGCGUGCAGAGGCGUUCGCGAGAGCGAGGCAAGAGAGAGGUGCCCCCUGCCUCGGAUUCCUCGGGCUCAGAUACCUCGGAAGGCGAGGACAAUGAAGCAAGUGACCCCCCUAAUCCCUUCACAGCCUUACGUAGAGACCUAGUCAAGAUGCAGACAGACCUAGAGAAGGGAAGGAAACUCCUGAGCACUCCCCAACGGAAAGUCGCAGAGCCUUCCGCGCCACCCUGGGAGGUCCCAAACGCCGGUUCCUGUGGUGAGAUGGCGGCCUGGGGCCUUCCUCCGUCACCCCCCCCAUGGAGGGAGUGGCCUGGACCGUCGUCACAUGCAGGGCCGCCAUCUUGUCUGCCUGGCGACCCGCCAUCUUGUGCCCCAAAGACUGGUCGGUCAUGUUACAAAGAGAUACAAUUUUGUGAUAGGGAGGGACAGACAUCUCAUGGGGAGGCACCACCCUGCGAAAAAAUGCCAAGGUCCCAGGGAAGGUAUUUUCGCAGAUGGACAUUUAGAAUGGAACAGAUUCCUCAAGGGGCGAAUGAGUAUGAACAAUGUGGGCUUUAUCCGGUGCUCCUGGCGCAAGGCCAAGGACCCAAUUACUGGGAACCACUGGAGAUCAAGCAAAUUAAGGAGCUUAAAAAUGCGGUUGCCACAUUUGGCCCUACUGCUCCUUACACUAUAACAAUGUUGGAGAAUCUGUCUGCCGGUGGCUUUCUGACGCCCAGUGAUUGGGCCCAACUGGCUAAAGCCUGCCUGGCCCCCGGGGCUUUUCUGGAUUGGCGCGCCUGGUAUACUGAGUUCGCCGCCGAACAGGCUGAAAAAAAUGCGGCUAGGGGCCAUAGAGGGCAAAAUGAGGAUAUGCUUAUGGGUAAGGGUCAGUACGCUCAAGAUCAAACUAGAUUCCCUCCAAAUGUAUAUGAACAGAUACAUAACAUAGGCAUCCGCGCCUGGAAGCAGGUGAGCAACACAGGGGCGGCCUCACAAUGCCUCUCUAAAAUUGUUCAGGGCAACACAAAACCUUUUGUGGAUUUUGUGGCCAGAAUGCAGGAGGCAGCUGAUAGACUCUUUUCAGAUCCGAGUGCUGCUGCUCCUCUUAUUAAACAGUUAAUCUUCGAGCAAUGCACCAAGGACUGCAGGGCAGCCAUAACACCCCACAAGGGUAAAAACAUAGAGGCUUGGAUUAAAAUUUGUAGAGAAAUAGGGGGGCCAUUAUCCAACUCAGGCGUGGCUGCCCUUUUAGCCGCCGCCUUACAACAGACAGGGCCUCAGAAGGCCAAUCACCCUGGUAAGCCCAGGGGAUGUUUCCAGUGUGGGGAUCCCAGCCAUAUAAGAAAGAACUGCCCCAAGACCAGACAGGGGGAGUCUGUAUCCAAGAGACAGGACUCAGACAGACGAACGGGAACCUGCGAAAGGUGCGGUAAAGGUUCUCACAAAGCAAAAGAUUGUAGAUCUAUUUUUGAUGCCCAGGGAAACCGUAUUAGUGGCAGGGAGACUACGGAGUCAAAAAAACGGCCAGAGGGGGCCCUCCUUACGGACGGGCCCCCACUCCCUAGACAGGACAGCACAAGAUGGCACCCCCCUACAGGGGCCACCCCCGGGCCAGCAGGCGUGGACCUCUGUGUCGCCUCCAGACUCCUAUUAACACCCGAUAUGGGCGUUCAGGUGGUUGAAACCACCUCCAAAGGACCGCUACCCGACAAGCUAGUUGGUUUAGUGAUUGGACAGUCCUCUACAGCCCUCCGGGGCCUUACCGUAAUCCCUGGGGUUGUAGACCCAGAUUAUUCAGGAAACAUCAAAAUCAUGGUACAAUCUCAUGUAGGGACCAUAGUAAUUAAUGAGGGGGAUAAGAUAGCACAACUUUUACUGUUCCCCAGCCUCCAUGAGAGACCCCGGUCCGGUCAACGGGUUAGAGGGGGUCAGGGACUUGGCUCCUCUAGGGAAAUUUUUGAAGGACUUCAUAUGACUCUUGAUAAAAGGCCCAUGCUCUCGCUCAGGGUUAACGGUAAAAGGAUAACAGGACUCCUAGAUACAGGGGCAGAUCGUUCCAUCGUCUCCAAGAAAGACUGGCCUCCUAGUUGGCCUACCAACACAGCUGACAACACGCUCCAAGGACUGGGGAUAGUGGCUGCCCCCCAGGUUAGUGCCGUGACCCUGCCUUGGGGUGAUGAGGAAGGUCACCGAGGACAUUUUCAACCUUUUGUUUUGCAGCUGCCAGUAUCCUUGUGGGGAAGAGACGUUCUCACCCAGAUGGAUGUCACUCUUACAUCCACCUGCUCUCCCCAAGCCAAAGGGAUACUCAAAAAUCAGGGAUAUGUCCCCGGCAAGGGCCUGGGCUCAGCCCUGCAGGGCCGGACAUCCCCCGUACCUGUAGAAAAAAGGGAAGGUAGACACGGGUUGGGUUUUUCCUAG